AAACACUGCCCAGCGAGUGACGUGCAAGUGACAAGAAACCAGCUCCUAUGUCAGGAGGAAAUUGUUUUUUGUAGUCUUUUCCUCAUAAAUUCCACAAAUCAUGACGUCUGGGAAGGACACGAUGGGGGAGCAGCCUAUUUUCACUUGCAAAGCCCACGUUUUCCACAUUGAUCCAAAAACUAAGAGAUCAUGGAUGCCAGCCUCCAGUUCGGCGGUUUCUGUAUCAUUUUUCUAUGAUUCUUCGAGGAGCCUUUACAGAAUAAUCAGCGUCGAAGGCCAGAAGGCAGUCAUCAACAGCACUGUUACACCCAACAUGACUUUCACCAAGACUUCACAGAAGUUUGGCCAGUGGUCAGAUGUAAGGGCUAACACUGUUUAUGGACUGGGCUUCUCUUCUGAAGCUGAGCUGCAGAAAUUCAUUGAUAAAUUCAACGAAGUAAAAGAGGCAACCCGAUCGGCCAUCAGCAAAGUGACAGCAAAUGGAGGUGCGGCUGUGACGCCUGUCACCAGCGCCAAUGCCAGCCCCAUCACGGCCAGGGCAGCUAAUGCCACGUUAGAUCAGUCUGAUAGCUUACUGGAGCCACCUGGUGCGGCGGUGAUGCCAAUAAGCUCGUCACCAAAAACGACAGCAGUGGAGGACGACGUACCGCAUCCGCGCAGCCACUCCAUGUCCGGGGUGACCGGCAGUGACAGCCCCAGCCAUGGCAAGGUUGCCGGGGACAAGCAGUAUUCCGGAUCGAACCAUCCCAUAGAUAUGCAGCUCAAGUACGAGAACGAUAGGCUCAAAUUGGCGCUUGCUCAAAGUUCUGCAAACGCGAAAAAAUGGGAGAUAGAAUUGGCGACACUGAAGAGCAAUAACGCAAGAUUGACAAGUGCACUGCAGGAAAGCACAGCCAAUGUAGAUGAGUGGAAGAGACAGUUAGCGAGUUUGAAGGAGGAAAAUAUGAGGAUGAAGUCCAAAUAUCAAUCUGAUCUCGAAAAUAGUAAAGGAGGAGGUGAUAUUGCAGAUGAAUUGAGAAAAGAAAUUCAUUCGCUGAGGAUACGUGUAGAACAACUAGAAUCAGAACUAGAAGCGAAAAAUAGUGAAAUCAAAAUGCUGAUGUCCUCGAAUAAACACUCAGAAAUACAGUCGCUCCAGAAAGAAAACCACGAGCUCCAGAGCACCAUUAAAUUGGCCCAAGCAGAGCUGGAGAUUGCAUUGAGCGCCCAUGAAUCACAGAAACAAGUCCUCAUCACUCUAAACACUCAGUUGGCAGCUAGAAUCCACGAACUGGCCACCAUCCAUGAUGAAAUGUCAACGGCUAUACAGACGUGAGGCAGGUUGUUGUAGCAACGAUUGUACGUAGCAUACGUAUAGAAGGGAGGGACGAGGCUUGAAAAAGUGGGCGGUGCCUAUGCGGAUAGGUGGCGCGUGGAAGGCUGAGGCCUAUCGAACACUAACUGUGAGCGAAAAUCACAUCCAAAUUACUUAAUCCUACGGUGGAGAUGUUUGAAGAAUGUCUACUGACAACUUCAUUCUUUAUCGAACCUUGUCCAGCCGCUCUCAAGUGAAAAGGCUUAUAGUAUUAUCAAUCAAUACUAUUUAGUACUAUUAUUUGGUGAAACGAAAAUUCAUACCAUCGUCGAUUAAGGUAUGAUCCAGAUUAUUAUGUUAUAAAAAUGCCCUGAUGUUUCGCGAACCCGCGCCCUUAUUACGCAUUUGCGAUUGUCAGAUUGUGAUUUCUUAGGUUAGAUUGCAACUCUUUGUCAGAUUGCAAUUCUUGCAAAAUUCGUAAUGUCAACCAGCUAUCAGUAGGUUGCAUUAACUGUGUGUGUUACCUACUUUGAGAGAUUGUGGCGCCAGUAUAUUUUGCUGUCCCCAUCCAACCCUUUUCUGCUCAUGGAUAGCAUAUACGGUCAUAAUGUUUGCACAUCGGAAUCAAGCAGAUAAAAGCGAUCUUUGUACUCAGUCCUAUUUCCUCCGUCUCUUUUUGUUCCAAAAGUACUCCAUAUAAGACUACCACCAAAAAACCAUAGUAGUGAAAUAAGGAUUGCAUCUCUUUAGGGACAUAAAGCGGAUAUUGCGCCAUUUCUCUAGUGGCAUGUCAACUACCUGAAGAGAUUAAUACCUAGUAUCACCUGUAAAGAAAUAGUACAACUAUGCGCUGCAGUGUUGUCUUCCUGCUAUAGUAUAGAACUUACUGCCUAGAUCAUAGAAGCUAUAAAUGGUCCCAGUUAGUGCCAUUUUCGAAGUAGACGUUACAUUAAAGUCAAACAAAAUACACCAACAGCACUUAGUUGACGAUUAGGCAACACACACAGCUACUAAAAGUGGUCGAUAACUAGUACCUAGUUUAAAUGAAAGCGAGUGUUAAAUUGUGUCUGAAAAUUGUCAUCGCUAUCACUUUUAAUUACGUAAUCAGGGUGCGGGACUGUCAGAUUUGCGAUGUCUAUUUUGUGCAAGCCGGAAACAUUAUUGUGUUUAAUAAAGGUAGUAGGAUUCCUUUUGAUCCACUGAUGUACCACGCAUGUUAAAUUGAUGUACAUGGGCCCCUCAGAUGUCAAGCAGAGUUAGUGUUCUGCAUAUAAAUCGCGUCAAUGUUAUUUUAUUGAUGCUCAAUUUUUAUUUAUUUUAUAGUCCAGCCAUUAUAACAUUAGCGAAAUUUCAUCAGGUGUCAUUGUUUAACUAUAUACCUAUAACGACAGAUCUUCUCAUCCGCCAUUUUGAGUUCAUUCGAUACAGAGAUCAAUCGAUCCAGCUGAAUAUAUUUGAGAUGAUUAUGCUCAUACAGGUACAUCAUUAUGUACACUGUUGUAUAUGAUUCAAUCAAUCGUUGUCGAGUGGGUUUUCUUGAAAUGCUUAAAUCGUAAUUUAAAAAGGGAUGACAAGUGUGUAAGAAGUCGGAGCGCAAGGGAGGAUUUAGAGGGGGGCGAGGAGGUCUCACGCCCCUAUAGACGCUUAAGUCUGCCAGUGUUUUCAACAAUUAUGGUAUAUAUUACCGUAUUUUAGUGUAAAUAUUACCUUUCUAGACCUGAAUCGUGAUAUAUGCACCUCCUCCUAGACGAAUCUCACCCCCGCUCUACAAUUGCCACAAGAGCAUUUGCUCUCAGAAGCGAUACUUUAGUCACCGCCCCCCCCCCACCCCCCGCUCUUCAAUUUUUUAAGCUACCUCCUUCUGAGACGAUCGUCUUCCUAAACAUGAAUGUAGCGAUCAUCGCUGCGCCAUCUCCCGCCCCCUUAGACAAAUUUCUAAACCCGCCCUCUAUAAGUGUUCCGAGCUGGCACUCUGAGAUAAACAAAUAAAAUCAAAAUGGCGGUAGAAGUACUUCGUGUUACCACUGUUACCUGAAAUAGCAAUUUAUUUUUUAAGGCUUAACUGAAACGAUGACGCUGCUCAAAACUUGUGUGUUAUUUCAAUACGUAGGGUAUUUAAAAAAUAUUUGAUCAAAAAUGUCGGACACCAACGUGCCAUUUAGACUUACAAUUUGAAAUGCCAAAAUUAACGCACAUUUUUGGAAAAGAUUAAAAUGAGCUCAUACAAUCUUUUUAUGAGCAUAAAUCUUGAACAAUCAGCCAUCACGUUGUUUUGCAAAUUAAUAUAAAAAGAGCUUUGCCUAACUUUCGCCUUCUUGAAUCAUCGCAAAUUGCGUAGUAAAAAUUAUCCUGUCACUAAAAGUCUUUUUUAAUCAUCCCUCAUGUAUGUAGUUUUUAUUGGCAGGCCUCAUACCAAACAAAUUUAUAUCCACAUUAACUUUCGAAGGCAGCAACCAAAAAUAUUCCAGAUUUAAGCAAUAGAUAAAACUUCAUUCAUGAAUGAUUAUGUAACUGUCAACAUUUUUAUUCAGGUCGAAUUUAUUUUUUGAAACAAUAUAUUGCUGGUAUGGACUGAGGGAGCGCAAGCUGUUAGGUGUUGCUGUGUUGUAAUGAUUUGAAAAGUGGAUAAAAUGGGACUAUGGUUAUUACAAUCAGAUUAAUAAGUUUUAUGUCGACUUGGCACCUACGUCUCACUUUGACUUCUACGAUAAUUAUCAAAAUAGUCUACUCAAAACACAUUCGCAAUGAAAAUUACUAUUUCUUCAAAUUUCAGUUGAAUUGUAAAGAAACAGAGUCCUAAAAUGCAAACCGUUUUCCUCAUGCAGAAAUUUACUUUUGCAAUUAUAUAGAAAAAGGAAACCUUUGAUAAGAGUUAUUUUAACCCAUUAUAUUAGGGGAGCCCAGGAUGCUAAAUGGAAAUUCGUAGGAACCUAUAUUGUUACAUGGAGAUACUGGAGCGCGCUAGAUAUUGGUAGUGUAUAUGCCAAACGUUUCUAUGUUAUUGGAGAUAUUUUAGUCUGCCAGUUUUCAUGUCGUAUGGAAGGGUACAAAAUAGAAAAAAAAUUGAGGGGAUGUUAAAUAUUACCAGAAGAAGCUCCCAUUCAAAAUUCUGACGAUUCGGACGUAAGGCAGGCUCGGGGCGGCUUUUUGAAAAUGUUAUUUUGAAUUUGUACGCCUUUUGUACAGACGAUUCAGCGUCAUACCCGGGACUUGCCGACUCAUAAUCUGAGAUUAAGAGGAGGGAUUUUCUAAAUCUGGCAAUUUGAAUGAAGUUAUUUGUUUUUUUACAAAAUUGAAUUCUGUUGAAUAAAAUGCAUGGAAAAAUUACGCCAAUAAAAAUCACUUUUUUUUAAUUAGAAUAUAUAUAUAUAUAUUUAUAUGGGAAUGAUUACAUAAAAUGAUAAUUUUUUCAAACAAUUUUCUUUAAUCUUCAUCCUCAUCCGUCGAACCAUCUUGACGAUAUUAAAAUAUAUCUUAUUCUGGAGUAUCUCCUAGAAUAUCAAGUUUUAUGACCACAUCUUCAUAGGGUUAUUAUCGAUGAUCUUUGAAUUGUGUUAUUACUCCACUUUCUGACAAAUCUUUCAACCUUCAAACUUGCAAAUGUCAUCACUUGAUUUUUCAUUGGUUCGUGAAAUUUUUCUGAGUUUUCUGAAUUUAAAUUACAUUACAAGAAACAUACUUUACUUCACAACAUGAGAACGUCUUUCUUAGUGAGAAUCAUGUUUAUUUUUUAUCAAAUUUCCUCCAGUAUUUUUUGAAUCGAUGUGCACCUCAAAAAUAUUGAAAAACAGAAAAUAUUUUGCCACUACGUAAGUGAAAUAUAACGUACUUGAUUCAGAAAAUCACGGUUAUGCUGUUUUCAGGCUUUUUAACGAAUAAACGUUUUCUGAACUAGUUUUUCAAAUUCAUCAUUUCUAAAAAUAUCCAUAAAAACAUGCAUUGUUUUUACUUUAUUGGCGGUUAAAUCGAGGUUCGCAUAGUAUUUGAGAAGACAAGUAUAGUGUCAAUUUGAAAUUCAAAUUUUUCCCAGCUUCAAACCUCGCUUCAUCUAUCAAAUCCGCCUUUUUCUCAUCUACUUUUGACAGUUUGACCGCCAACCACACUAGCGCUGCCUAGCGGGAGCAACAUUGGACAUCGCUGCCAUUACUCGGAAAUCUUGUUAUUUUAUAUAUUGUGCAAUUUUUAUAUGCUAACUUUUUCUGUCCACAGUCAGAACAUGCAUUAUACCUUUUAAAUUUCGUUUAUUAAUCAUUAUAUUGAAAAAAAGAACAUGUUUUCUGUAAUAGCUCAUUAUCAAUAUUUUUAUCUACCAAGUCGACACUAGUAUUACAAUGAUUCGAGGAUAUUUUAGGUAUUUUUUAAUCACUGCCACAUAUUGAGACAUGAAAUAUCCCUGCAAUAAAACAUAAAUAUUUCGACAAAAUGUAGAAUUCUGAAAAUGUACAUAUCCAGAAAGUAUGACCUAAAAUUAUUACAAUUGAGGCCAGAAGUUUUAACUUUUAUAAACAUAAUUGGAUUAUAGUCUGUCAGUGCGGAUGGUAGAAAAUUUUAAAACACGCUUGUUGAAAUUAUAUCUGGCGAACAAAACGUAAGAUGCGAAUGAUUUAUUUACGGUUUAAAAGAUGGUUGCGAAUAUGCCUGUGUAGAGAGCAAUAGAAUAUGUAAAAUUUGUAAAAUGUUGCACACCGAUGGCAUUUUUUUGUAUGGAUGCUGUCAUAUUAUUUUUUCGAGUCAAUGUGAGGACUACCAUGACACCCUAAAGGCAUUAGUAAAGAUCAAUGAAGUAACUAUCUUCUGGGUUUCAAUGCUUCAAGUCAUAUAGAGUAGGUAUGUAUGUGAAUUGACCACCAAAAUAGGUGGGACAAGGUAGUGGGAAACACCCAAUCCGUGACAUGUCGGAUCAACUGAAGCCUGAGAAAGAUGCAAAUACUUUGCUGUCAUCAUUUUUCAGAUCAAAAGAGAAUAUCAGGUUGAAAUUCAAUUCAGAAGUUCUGAGAUUGAGAGAAAGAGCUAUGUUGAGUGACUUCCAUUGAUCAUUAGCUGUUGGCUAUUAAUCUCUUUAAGAGAAAACUAAAUGCUACCUCCGGUUUUCAUGACCUGUUUGAUGGAAGGGUGUACUUCAAACAAUUCACAAGUACACUGGAACGAGAAUUCGCUUAAUACCUGUGACUGGAGGGCAAAGCAAGCAUCAUGGCUAAGCGGCAACCAGUCAUCUGUGCCGUAGGCGGCUGAAAGACGAAUAAGAAUGUUUGUCUGAUAAUUUCAUGACCAAGUUUUAUUAAGAUAUAAUUUUAGUUUUUGAUGUAUGAGAUAUAAAAACUGAAUUGAAUAUGACAACGUCUGUACAAAAAUUACAGCUUUCAUUGAUUGUCAAAAGCAAUUGCCAUAGCGACUUUCAUUCUUAAACAUAUAGACCAAUUUGCUGCACGGGGAAAAAUGACGCCACUGUAGUAUCUCCUAUCAGUAGGCGAAAUUAUUUAGCGAAUUGGGAAUGGUAGUCGCCAGGAAUGUUUUUGAAAAGUAGUUUGGAAUCAACAUGUAAUCUGCAGCACAACAAUGCUUCAGUAGUAGCUUCAGGCUGAUAGUAUUUGACUAAGAUAACAAUUUGACAAUUUAGCAGCAGCUAGUUGAGUAUGAGUAAAAAACGUGCAUUUUGUGGUCAACUAGUUGUUGAUUUUUCUCGAACUGACUUGAUUAUCGAGAGAUAGAAUGUGCAAAUAGUUAUGUUUCAAAUUGUUUCAUUUUUUUGCCCAUUCAGCAAUAGAAGAUUGAAGCUUUCAUCCGAUAAGUGUUUGUGCAUAUAAGCAGCAUUAUUAUUUAUAAAGUACCCAAUUUGUUGUUCAUGAUGGAAAAAUCAACCAAAUUGCAACAUAUUUUCUUCACAGAUUCAAUUUAUUUAUUUUAUUUAUUGACGUUUUAUACGCUUGGGUGCUUACAAAGGCCAAAUAUAUAAGGAAUAGUACAAUAAUGCAGUCUACCUAAAAAAAUGUAGAAAACGUCAAUUCUAACAUAAAUAACUGUAAACAAUCACAAAUAAGUAAAGAACUAUCACAUCCGAAUAAGUCAAUAAAUAGGUAAAUAAGCAUUUUACACCACUAUAAAAGAUCCGGAAAAUUGUCAUCUAUAAAUUCUACAAUAGUAUAAAAUAUCAUACAUUAAGAUUUGACUUUAUGCUUUAUGCUAUGAAGGGCAUUGUAAGAAGAUGCCAUAGCAGUUAGAACCAUUUCUAGUUUCUUGUAGAUGAUUGGUCGAUAAACAUUGCAAUUUUUGCUUGACUUUUCUGUUAAUAAAGUGGAUUUUUAAAAACCUGAAUCUGUGCUGAGCUUGUUUGCUAUUCUAUCUUCCGAUACACUUAUUUAUUGUAUUAUUUUUUAUUUUUUAUAUUAUGUAUAGUGUCAUAUAAUUAAGGUUACAUAGGGAAAGUAUCUAGAAUGGAAAACUACUAACACAAUUUUUCUUAAUUGGGAAUUACGGAUGUUUUUAACUACGACUGAUUACAUAUUAAGAUUGCAUUUAUUAUAUAUAUAUAUAUAUUGUUUUGUAGUUUCUAUUUUGUACUUUAUAAGUAUGUCUAUAUGUGGAAUAAGCUUUAUCUUGGUAAUAUUAUCAUCGUCUGGUAUUUCGUACGUUAUAGCUUUAUACAAUGAUAGUGCAAAUAUUUGAAAUAUAAAGUAAGAGCGGUAAGUGUAGCACUGCCUAGUUAUUUUUUGUUUAUAUUUUACGUCGGUUGAGUAUGGAAUACUAGGCGAGAGGAUAGAAAGAGUGUGUGGAAAUUUUGGUCAUUGUUCAGUUGAAUGGAUUUUAAAAAUCCAUAUGUAUCCUUGUAAAUUCAUGAUAUUCGAAUAAGCAAUACCUAUGGUACAUUAUUUUUCGUUUUUUGUUUGAUGUAACAGAAAGCUAAAAUUUUGUUUCUUCAUAUCUAUAUUUUAUAAAGAACAGUUGAUAUAUCUGUCAGAACCUACCGAAAAUUGUAGGACUGCUAUUUUUAGAAGCAUAAUAAUAUUCAUGUUAUUGUGAAUCUUUCAUCUAGAAUGUUUAAUGCUUUGACAUGACAAAUGAUAUUGGUCACGUUCAGAAUGCAGCGCUUCUGAAGGGAGAUCUUACUGCGUUUACACUCAUGCAGUUUACCAUAUGCCAGAGCUGGGACAUAAGCAAAUGCGCUUCCGUAUCAUAGAAACACUGUCACAUUAUCUCUUCAAAGUGCUUCAUAAUAAUGAACGCGACCACUGAUUUUCUCUACUGUCACUGGUUUACUUUUGAAUUUUAUUUCAAGCAGUUUUGUGUACACUCUUUUAUAAAUAAUGUUGAACUUAUCCCGAUAGAAAGACUCUCUGAUGGUAGAUAUUCCGGAUAGAUAUUAUUAUUAUUUAUUACAUCGAUAUUGCAAUUAAAUGAACAAUAACCAAAUGGAAAGCGUUGGCCAAAGUGGUCGGAAUCUGAAAAAGUAUUAUCGAAUAUUUUAAUAAUUUAUAUAGGAUCGAAAAGGUGUUAUCCUUGAGAAGCUAAUACACUAUUGUAUCAUGUAAUUAUAGAUAGAUAGUACAGAUAAUAAAAUUGAAGAAUAUACUGAUUACAUAUAUAAGUACAGACAAUUGUUCCAAAAACGUACUAUACAGUAUACAGUAUCGUUGAAAUUGAUAUGUUUAUGUUAAAGACUAACAAUGCAAGACCAAAUUGUAUUAGAAUAUUCAGUUUUUAGAAAUAGAUAUUUCUGUACAACUAUGAUUUUAUCAUUUACUUUUUAAGAACGUACAAUAUGAAACGCUGUUGAGAAAAUUAAUAUAAAAAUUUCAAUAAAA